AUGCCUGAGAGCAGCUCACGGGAUGAAACGAAAUUGACGAAGAACGAAUCAUUUCGAGUAAACAGUCGGCCUCCUUUCGUCGGUCCUGAUCAAAAUCAAAUUCUACGAAGUGGAAACUAUCAUGGAGAAGAUGGAUUUUCAAACCAAGUUCCGAUAACCGCAGCCGCAUCGAAUCCUACAACCCCCAAUUCAACCUGGAAAUAUACAAAACGAGCAAGGGGCUCUACAAAUAGUAUAAGCAGCAUGAGUAGCUCAGCUUCGACUUCACCCAUAAGUUUCUCGCAGCGAGGACGACAUUCGGGUUGCAUUACUGCGUAUCUUAGUACUCCAGCGGACCAAAAAGCUGCAUGCUACUUUCUUUCGAACUUUGUAUUGCUUCCAGGACAGGGCAGCCGCCGAGGCCAUUUGGAGUUCUUACUCCCAAUUUUGAAUACCGAACGGCCCAACUCUGCUGUUCACGCUGCAUUCUCGGCUGUCUCGCUUGCGGCCUUCGGUACUAGACCAGAUUCCGGAGCUAUACUGCCUUCUGCGAAUGUUAGUCGAGAUCACUGUGUUCCACUCUAAAGUAUGCGUCUUCAAAAAUGGAUCAAAGCUGAUUGUUAUUCUGAUCAGCGAUCGUACUGUAACGCACUACAAAUGAUAAAAACCUCUUUGACAGAUCCAAAAAUAGCUUUAUCGGACUCUACUAUAGUUGCAGUCUUACUCCUCACUUUCUUCGAAGUAAUGCCCGUUGAUCUCAUGAAGCUUCUCAUGUAGCUAAGAAUCAUAGCAAUUGAUAGCGCCGCGAAGGAGCCAUAAGGCAUGGAGUUCCCACGUCGAUGGAGCCGCAGCACUACUAAAAUCCCGAGGUCCUGACUCCUUUCAAACUCAACAGGGCCGAGAAAUUUGGAACACCGUGAGGGCUAUGAUGGUGACUAUUUCCAACCACUCAUAAGACUAAGAUCCUGAUGUAAAGAUGAAACAGACGAUCCAGCAUAUUGCCGAUUCCAGAGAAGUCGCGGAUGGCGAGGAGUGGUGGAUGUCAGUCCCUGCGAACGACCCAAUAUCGCACCAAUUCGCUAGCCUCAACAUCAGGGUUGCCAAAUUACGAGCCGACAACGAUAGGAUAACAUCCAAUAGAUCUCGAGAGGACGCUGGGGACGUAAUAGCGCUCCUCAAAAGAGCGCAAGAUCUGGAGAAAGAGUAUGCUGAAUGGUUCGCAGGUCUGACCGGAGAAUGGGCAUUUAGAACAGUCUCUUGGAUGGAUCACCAUGAAAUUGACCUCGCAAAUUCAGUUGUUCAUCCAGGGAAGAUCGAUUCAUAUUCUCAAAUGUAUAUGGCAUACCAUCAUAACAUCGGUCGUUCUUCACGGCUCUUCAUUUGGACGACCAUUUUCCGAUGUGUCGCUUGGCUAUGUGGUGAGGACAAUUACAAGCUUACGGAGGAAUAUGCGACAGGUUCUCAAGUGUGCCAUCGACUGAUCGAGGAUAUUGUUGCUAGUGUUCCUUUCAUUUUUGGAUGGAAUAAGGAAACUGUUACAGCGAUGCGGGAUCCUUCUUGUUUUGCUUGUGGAACUCCCGAUGCCGUUCAAGUCAAGUCUCUGUGGGGCAUCUUCGUGAUGUGGCCUAUGUUUGCAGCAGCAGUAUCUGAUUUUGCGAUGCCAUCAGAGCGGAUAUUCUUAAGAGGACGGCUCAAGUAUAUCGCGGAGAACAUGGGCAUUUAUCAAGCUGCCAUAAUCUUGAGAGUGAGCUUUUUUCCUACCUCUGAAACACCCUUGACUAAUAUUUGACAGGCUCCUAUCAUUUUACCUUCCUUUUACAUUCAAUGUGAAAGCCUAUCACUCGACGUUCACGAAGAAUGUCAGAGAAAGAGAGAAGUCGAAGCCCUCUUCGAAGAUGACGUUGAAGAAAGUCGUCUAAAACUAGAGCCUAUGCUGCAAGAAGGAUUUACAGCUGGGUCUGAUCUCCCGACGUCACCGGACGGUAAUUGGAAUAUCUUCAGCCCUUCUACUAUUCUUUUACCUGUCGUUCAAGACGUAUGGAUGGCCUCGGAAGGUGACCCUUGGGUUAUGGCUACCUUAGUUUAA